AUGACUGAUACCCGCAAUGAAGUGAUGCUUCAACUUAUCUUGAACUCACCAAAUGGCGCCGUCGAGACACUUCAAUUCAUAGCCAACCCGACGACUAAGUUCGAGGAGUUACUCCUCGAAGCCCGCCCUUUGAUCUACGGACGGAAGGAAACUCGGCAGACGACGGACCAUGAUUCUCAGUCACCGAGGUUCUCUUCUUUUCGUGUCCUCGUGCCCCCGGAGAGAAAUCUUUCGCAGUUAAACAAACUUCUGAAGAUUUCGGAUCCAGAUUCCUUCACCGACUUUGAGGCAAUGGCCCUUCACUCCUUGCUUCUACGGGACCUCAAGAAGACAUCUCUACUCAUUAACUGUUUCUCAGCACAAGCUCCACACUUGCUAGAACCGGAAUUUACGUUAGGAUUUAUCAGUGUAGUAUUUUAUGUCACGGGAUCAAUCCCUAUACAACGCGUCCAAGAAAUAUACCCAAAGCCAUACUCAGCACUUCAGGUAUCCUGUGCGCAAGGUAACGCAAAAUUUACCGAAGUUGACGUAGCGAGUAACCUUCGACUACCCGGCUGCGAAUCAACGGCGUCACCGUCGCCCCUCGCCCAGGAAAAGCUUUGGAACAAACAUAACAUCGUCAGGCCCUUUCGAAUUCAUCUCGCGUUGUCCAAAGGCGUUACUUCAGGAUCACGUUACACAAUCCUCGACAAAUUUCACUUAAAACAACUCAGACGGGCUGGCAAAGGCUGGUUUGAAAUCGACGACGUUUCCAAAGCCCCAGACCGCUCCGUAUCAAGACGCUCACAUCCAAACUUCUACCGAUUUACAAGCGUGCGGAUGCGUACUCCUCGGAUGACUCAGUAUCAUCGUCUGCCAAAGGCAGCUUGUUACUUCCCCUCUUGA